AUGAUCACAGUGGACACUGAUGACACCGCAGCUACACCUGACUUCCUAAGACACCUGAUAUCCGCAGCCAAGUCGGAAAUUCACCGCCAGACCCAGGUACAGUGGGAGCGGGACUGGGAGAACGAGUCAUCGGGGCGAGCCACCUACGCGCUCACACCCGCACCAAGCCCCACGGUCCUCCAUCUACACCACUCCUUACACAAGGCCCUCAGUUCAACCAUCGUACAGAUGCGCACCGGCAAGAUUGGACUACGACAAUUCCUAUAUGAAAGAAAGGUGCCAGAGAUCACUGACACCCUAUGCGAAUGCGGUGGCGGAAAUCAAACAGUACGGCACGUCCUAUUAGCGUGCCCUAGGUUUAACAACCUCAGAACGGAAACAUGGGAAAACGGGGAAGGAAGGGGGGAAAGGUUGGAUCUCAAGGAGAUCUUGACGACGCCUAAGCUAGCUAAGAAGGCUGCAAGAUUUAUGAUCUUAACUAGACUCCUCGGGCAAUAUGGAGCAAUUACGGAGGACAAAAUACGAUAA